UAACCGGCCAUGAGGUACAUGUCAUGACGUCAUCAAAAGUGCAAAUGAAACAGAAAGUGAACGUUACUGAGCCUGCAGAGACAGCGAGUCCUCACUGACGAUCUUUGCAGGACCUGAGCAACAUCCUCUCUCAGCCACAUUCUUAAAUCAAGAUGUCAGUGCAGUUCUCUGGCUGGGAGGUGGUCGACGAUGGUGCUUCAUUUCCCGGUGUGGAGCUGGGCCCAUCACAGACACCUCAGAACAGGGGCGUUUACGCUAUGUACCAUGGAACCAGUGUUGCCAGUGCACGGCUCAUCAUUGCCAAUGGUUUUAAACCAUCAACAGGUGGCAUGCUGGGACCAGGCGUGUAUGUCAGUCGUGACACAAAAAAGGCAUCUAAUUAUCCAUUGUUUUGUAACCCUUCAGACCGUGUGGUCCUUAAUGUACGUGUGCGUGUUGGCCGUGUCAAGCGGAUUGACAAGGACAACCAUCCUAUGCAAUUAACCUGGCACUCACAUGGCUAUGACACAGCCUGGGUGCCCCCCAAGUGUGGCAUGCAAUCUGUGCCCAGCGGCCUAGAGGAAGACUGUGUUUUUGACCCCAAAAGAGUGAAGGUGGUGGGCAUAGCAAAGGCACCAAACACCAACGUAGAGAAGGAGCUAAAGCAGCUUCUAGGAAAAAAGUCCAAAGGAGGAAGAGGUGGUGGUGGUACUGUGGACGUCUGCUCGCUGUGUAAGAGGAAGACGCAGAAGGGUUCUCUACACAUCAAGCAGCAGUGCUGGGAGUGUGGGAAAAACAUCUGCAUUCUCAUGUCCAAGCAUUACUGUCCAUCUAAACCCUGACAUGAAGACUGAAGAAGGUGGCUUGAAAAACAGAGUGGAGCAGUGACACGAAGACAAUCCACAUCUACACAGCCUCUGUAUGUGCUGGGAAAAUCAAACUGAUACAGCUUAGAGGGGUAAAAAAUAAAGACUUCAUAUAUCCUUACAUAAAGAAAUAGCUUUAAUUGGUACAAUAUGUUAAAAUUGUUACUGCCGGUCAUGUUUUGCAGAUCUCUGUAAAUGAUGUACAAAAUCUUAUUUCUGAACUCAUACCAGCCUAAAGUAAAUCAUUACUGUACUAGCUUUACAUUCUCUGAUCAUCAUGUGUUAUGAUUACCAGCAGUCAAGAUGAGACACUACAUGCAAAAUGACUUUUUUCCUGUCUGACAGUGAAAAUUCAUAAUUUUAUGUGAUUAAAAUGAAAUUUGAACUGUUAUAAUACUCUUAUGAUUGUGAUUUACUAAUGUGAUUUAAAUUAAAGGAACACUAAAUUAUGUAACAAAUCUAAAAACAAUAAAUGUCAUUAUAUUUGAGACCCAUAA